AUGACCCUGAACGACAUCAAAGCCUUCGUCGAAGCUGAGAUCGGUGUUCCUCCAUCUGCCCAGAUGUUCUUAAAAGAUGGGAUGCCAGUCACAGACACCUCCAUGACGCUCGCCCAGUUUAAUGUCCAGGAAGGUGAUUUAAUAGCCAUGGCCAUUCACGCAACUCCUCCAAGACGACGGCCGGCUCAAGGUACCCCCAGCGGCCAGCCUGCGGCACCAACGUUAAGAAGCAUGAAUGAUACCGAGCAACUCAGAUCCCACUUGUUACGAGACGCGGCCGUCAUGACCGGUUUUCGGAGACAAGAUCCCGAACUUGCGGCUGCCGCUCAGGAUCCACAACGAUUCCAUGAUCUGCUGGAGGAGAGGCUGAGACACAGGGACGAGAUGCAGAGAGAGAAAGAGGAGCAGAUUGCGCUGCUAGAAGCGGACCCAUUCAAUGUCGACGCGCAGCAAAAGAUUGAGGAAAUGAUCCGACAAGACCGUGUUCUAGAAAACAUGCAAAAAGCAGUGGAAGAGUUUCCCGAAGCGUUUGGUAAAGUCACCAUGCUUUAUAUCGAUGUUGUCGUCAACGGCCAUCCUAUCAAAGCCUUCGUGGACUCAGGCGCACAGACCACCAUCAUGUCCCCGUCAGCUGCCGAACGGUGUGGCAUCCUACGGCUGGUUGACAAACGAUUCGGAGGCAUAGCAAAAGGCGUUGGUACUGCCCAAAUCUUGGGACGAGUCCAUUCGGCCGAGAUUCAAAUUGGACAGUACAACCUAGCCAGCAGCUUCACUGUUAUGGAAGGCAAAGACGUGGAUUUGCUAUUAGGGCUCGAUAUGCUAAAGCGGCACCAGAUGUGCAUCGAUCUGAAAAAGAACUGCCUGCGAAUUGAAAAUGACGAGAUCCCGUUCUUGCCGGAAAGCGAGCUGCCCAAGAUGAUGGAGGAGGUUCUAGAAAACGAGCCCAAGGUUGAAGGACCUGGAGGAAGCACGAUUGGCACCACUACCGGGACUGUCAUUCCAGGAGCAUCGUCGGCUGGCCAGCAAUCGGGGUCAGGUCAGUGGAGCGCCAGCACAGCUGGGCAACCGUCUACCACUACGCCUGCCGGACCUUCUGUGUCUCAACCAGGCGCAAAUUCUAGCAACUUUGGGGAACCGCGGCCCAUCACAGCAGAAUCGAUCGCGCAAGUAACCGAACUGGGCUUUUCAAGAGAGGAGGCCAUUGCAGCGCUUCGACAGGCCGGCGGCAAUGUCGAACUCGCCAUUGGAUUGUUGCUUUGA